AACUCAAGGCAACUCAGGGUGCAGCAGCAGUAAUAGCAGCAGUAUUUCCUUCCAAGGGAUGAAGAAGGGGAAUCCUCUUCUUCGGCGUCGCCUGCAUGCAAAUGGAUCCGGCCGGGUCAGGAUAAAGCUGGGUUAACACACUCGUCUGCAACGCAGCACUUGACUUUGAGGGGAGGGGGGGGGGAGCUUUUAUUGGAGCACGAGUUUGCGAGGCAUCAUCACUGACCAUUUGCCAGAGCCUCGAUAAAGGCGCUCGCACAGGUUGACAAGUGUGUCCAACUUCACCGCACCACCCCGCGCCGACGCGCUUGGAGUGCGUUUUUGUCCGGCGGCGCCGCUCCGCUCCGCUCUGCUCUGCGCCGCUCUGCGCUCUUGUUUUUUUGACGUGACAUUUCGCCUGAGCCGCUGUGUGCAUGUGUGACCACAAUAUGACGCAUUUGCGCCUUUAGCAGCCGCUGUGCGCGUGUGCUGGAGUGAUGCGUUUUCGAAUAAGUUUUAUCCCUCUGCUGAUUGGUAUGAUCGUCAUGUCCGCUUGGGUUAACUUGCGCGUUUCUCUGUAGAGUCACACGGAGCCCGGGCUCGGUGCAGAAGUUGGUUGAGGGGAAAUUUGGAAUAAUAGGAAGAGUGCGGAGCGCAGAGAGGGGAGAAGAAAGAGAAAAAACAGGUGACAGCGGCGUUCAGGGGAUGUUGAGCGGCUGAAUUUACUACCAGCAUCAUCAGCAUCUCCGUGUGAGGAUCAAAACUGCGGGGGACUGCUGCUGCUCACUCCUCUUCCUCUACAUACUUCCAGUUUUUUUUUUUUUUUGCAGAAGCCAGCCAGUGGAUUUCAGCUCCUGAAACCACAGCUGCGUAAACUUGGCCAGAUCUGGUGACACUGUACCCUCUCUCUUUCUCUUUCUCUGUGUGUGGAUGGAUAUGCGGCUCACCGAGGGAAUUUGAAAAGCAAGGGGGGAUUACUAUCAGUCCCUCUCCUAUUAUAACCUCAAAAUGGAUGCCGAUGACAGGUUGUGGAGACGCCACUGGAUUUGCCACUCUCCCGCCGAUCUGCUUGACAUCUGAGCGGCACAAGCGUUCAAAGUUUGGAUAAUCUAAAAAGGUUGAAGGUGUAGGAUGCAGUCUGGAGUGAAGACGCUCUCCGCAGGUGGAGGUGCGUCACUCUGCUGCCUGCUGCUCCUCUGGCUCAUCUACUCCCAUCUGCUCAGAGAGGGCCAGUUGGCGGUGGGAACCUGUGAGAUAGUGAUGCUCAACAGAGACAGCAGUGUUCCCAGACGGACCAUCGCUAGGCAGACGGCCCGCUGUGCCUGCCGGAGAGGCCAGAUCGCCGGUACCACCAGGGCAAGACCGGCAUGUGUAGAUGCGCGAAUCGUGCGGAGCCGUCAGUGGUGUGAGAUGGCUCCCUGCCUGGAGGGUGAGGUCUGCAGCCUCCUGUUCAACCGAUCCGGGUGGACCUGCACCAGGGGCAGCGGUCGCAUCAAGACCGUCACGCCUUUGCCCAAAGAGCCGUCGUAGGAUGCAGAAGAAAACAGCAAGAUCAUUGACAUCCACGCUACAAAAGGAACUGAGGCUAAUCACUACACCAGAACAUUGUGUCCAUUCUCCAACGAGGCACCCAAACUUUACAAAGGCUUGACAUUCAGUUAAAAAAAAAACACACACACACAAAAAAACAACCCAGAGCUUCUUCAAUCACCACAGUAAAACACCCUUGGCAGACACUUCUGAGAACUCUGAGAAGUCUCAAGUGAACAGCAUGGUACACCAUUGGCAUUAAAUCUUCACCAAAGCCAAAUUCACGGACACAUCAUAGAACAAAUUUCCCUGUGAGGAACAGUCAUCUACAAGGCAGUCGAAUAUUCAUUGAAGUACAUUACCUUUUUUUUUGGCCUUUGUUGUCCAACGUCAUUUCUGCAGGCAACAGCUCCUUAAAGAUUUUUCGGACCUUUGUGGUUCAAUUAGGACUUGUCAGAAGGUCUUUCAAAAGUCAUCCUCUUCAUCUUCUUUACUAUCCCCACUAUGAAGCCGUCCAGGGUUAUAUUUCAGCCAAGUUUCUUUAAUGACAGCUCGCUGCUAAAGAAUUGUGACUUUACAGAGGUUGAGCCAGGCCAUAUCGUCCACUGGAUUCCAGCCUUUAACACCUUUCUCUCAUUUGGCUGGCUGAAACUUUACAAGGCUGUAGCCUCGAAAUUCUCAGUGCACAUACAAAGGACGGACAUUAUGGAGGAAGAAGUCUUUUGGAAUGUCACAAACAAGACAACAGAGAUGAGUUGACUGUCUUUCCUCAAUGAAUGAAGGUCAUGAUGGUAAAAUGUGGAUAUUUUGGACAACUUAGCUUAUAACUUAUGUUUUUUUUUUUUUUAAUGUGGUGCCAACAUAGACUAGAAGAGUAGUUUUUGUCAAUGAACCUCACACAUCUUGUACACUCCACUGGGAGCAUUUAGCAGAUGUGGACCCCUGGCUCAUUUAAUGGUCUAUACUUUAUGUGUGUGCGUGUGUGCAUGUCUGCAUUUGUCCAUGUUUGAAUUUGUGUGUGUGCGUGUGUUUGAGUAUGUAUGCUUGCGUGUUUAGUGUGUGAGUGCACAUCCAGAGAUACACUGUGAAAUAAGUCAUAUCCAAUGCAUUAUUCAUACUCUUGUAUACUUUGGGACAUGCCCAGACCAGAGCUCACCAUCUGGCAAAAGAAGCAUUUGUGAUUUUACAGAUGUUAGGUCUCAUUUGAAUCUUCACAGAUGGAUCCUGGGUUUGCCCUUUUCUUUUCUUUCUUGUCUUUUCUUUAGUAAAUAGAGAUAUUUAUAUUGGGGGAGAAAUAUUAUUGAAACUGGGGACAGAUCUACACUAUGCCACAUAAGUUAAAUUCUGUAAUUAAAAAUCAAUUCAUGUGUGAUUAAAUGUAUUCAGAAUACUUGUCUAAAUUGACUAUAUUUUGAUAUGAAAUGUUUUGGCCAGCUGGAAGUGCUAUUUGCUGAUUUCAGAUGCUUGAUAUAUUUGAAAUUAUGUACAUAUAUAUAUAUAUUCAAUUAAUGUAUUUUAUGUUCUGUGGGUCUCAUUCCAAGAGGAGAUAAAGAACAGGAGGAGCACAAGAGGAGUACAAGAGGUGGACACAAUAACAAGAACACCAGUAAGAUCACAGAAUACAUAAAACACAAUCCAAAUACCACAACACAGCAGGCUACCACGAGAUGUAUUAUUAUCUUUCUGACGCAGUCUCAGAAAAUCAUCUUCACAGAGGCAAUGUGUGUUGCAAGGUGAUUGCAAUAGAUUGCAUUAUAUUGAACAGGUGUUCCUGUUAACGUGUCUACACACUGUUUUUUUCAUUUCUUUGUACUAAAAAUUCCUGUACAUCUCCAUCUUACUGUAUGCAUUUGAGGAUAUAAAGAGAGUGUCCGCUCCCGGAAGCUGUGGAGUGUGUA